AUGGCGAAAAAAUAUCUUGCAAACGAGCAAAUAAUGAUAAAAAAGCAAUUUAUGUUUGAAGUGUUAAUGACAUUGGCAGUAAGGAAGAAAAAAGGAGAAAAUAAACCCAAAUAUAAAGAAAGAAAUUGUGGAAAAGUCAUGAGGUUGAGAAUCUUUAACGAUGUAUCCAUAAAAAUAAUAAAACGAAAUGAUUUGGAACAAGACGAACAAGAGAAAAAAAUUAUUCGAGUCUGCUUUCAAUCUUCGGGGUAG